AUGUCAACAGAAAAAAAUGAGUAAAUUGAUUUAUCAUAUAUAGCUUAAAUAAAAUUAUUGAGAUGCUUUAAAGUGAUAAUUAGAUCAAAGAAAAAGAAAUAAUAUAGAUGAAAGCAAAUAUUGAAAAAAAAGAUUAAGAAAUUGCAUCUCUUAAAUUAAAAUUAGUAGGAACAGAUUCUAAGAAGGAUUAAAAUGAUAAUAAUUAAAACUAAAUAGAUAAAUUUUAGAGCUAAAUUGCAUUACUUUAAUAAUAAAUAUCUGUAUUAAAGUAAAAUUUAUAGAAUAAUUAGCAAUCAAAUAGAUGAUAAAAAUUUAGAAAUAGAAGUGAUAAAAGAAGAUCAUGAAGAAUAAUCCAAUAAAUUGAUCUCUUAGAAAAAAGAAGCAACUUCAAGUGAUGGUGAAAUUGAUAAAUUAUAAGAUGUUAUCAUUUAACUUUAAAAAGAAAAAAAUGAACUAAUAAUUUAGUAUUAUUAAUUAAUAUAAAGGAAUAAUAAAGAAAUAGAUUAGAUGAAGAAAUAAAUAGAGCAGUUUAAAAAAUAAAAUUAAGAGUUACUAUUAAAUUCUUAAGUAUUUCUUAUUUUAAUAAUAUAUAGAAAAUUGAGUCAAAAACUAAUGAUAACUAUUCGUAAUUAAUUUAGAGAGAAUAAGAUGACGUAAAAAAUUAAACUUAAAUUAGAUCUCUCAAAUUCAAUUAAAUUUUGAAUAAUCAUCUGAUCAAUUGUAAAACAUAAAUAUAAACGAACAAAAAUAAAAUUAAAAAAGUAAUUUAGAAAAUAUAGAAAAUUUUCUCGAUCUUAUGGAAUCACCUAAAAGUGAAUAGAAAUCAAGAAAUGAUGAUGAAUUUAAAUAAAUGUAAGACUUGAUAAUUGAAUUAUAAAAUUAAGAUGAACAAAGUAAAGCUAAAAUUGAAAUACUUAGCAAUGAAAUCAAAUAAUUAAAAUAAUAAAUAUAAAAGUUAAAUUAAAUAAAUGAGGAAUUUCAAUUAGAAAUUGAAUAAAAAUAAAUUGAGAUAAAUGAAGAGCAAGUAAAAGUAGAAUCCCUUGAAGAUGAAUUGAUUACUUUUGAAUAAAAAUAUGCAGAUGUAGUUUAAAAUAAAUAAAAAUUAUAAACAGAAUAUUAAUUAGUUUAAUAGACACUUCAAUAAUUUGAAAUGAUAUAAUAAGAUAAUGUUUAAUUAUAGUUAUUGUUAAAUUCAAAGACAGAGGAAUUAGAAGAAUUUAAAAUGCAUAACAAAUUUGAGACUCAAUAUUUAGAGUUAAAAGAAGAUUUUGAGUAGUUUAAGGAAUUUGUGUAAGAGUAAUUCCGAUCAAAAGAUGAAAUAUUAACAAAAUAAGCUUCAUAAUUGCUUGAUUAUGAUACAUGCAAGGAAUAAUUGAUUAUAAUAAAUCAAUAAUGUUUAUUUUUACAAGAAUAAUUAAAAAAACAAAAUUAUAGCAAUGAAUAGAUUUAAGAUCAAUAUUAAAUUAGUUUACAAUAAAUACAACAGUUAAAUAAUAACAAUCUAUAAUUUUAGGAUUUAAAAUCUUAGAAUUUAUUUUUAAAGUAAGAAAUUGAAAUAUUAAAAUCUGAUAAUAUUAUAAAAUAGGAGAUUAUUGCUGAUUUAUAAACAUAGCUGAAGAUUUAAUAAUAAUUAGGAGAGGAAUCUCCAAUAAAAUUAUAGAAAUUAUAAUCGGAAUUUUCUGAGAAUCGUAGUGAAUAUUUAAAUCAUAAAGAAUAGUGUUAAAGAGAUAUUCAUUAAUAUAAAUAAGAAAAAGCUUAUUUGUAAUCAGAAAUUUUAAAUAUCAAAGAUAUGAUUGAUGCUAUUUUAUCUCAAAAUACUUAAUAUUAACCAUAAGGUAAAACUGCUGAACAAUAUUAUUAAAAAUUAUAUGAUUUUACAAUUGAUGAAAAAUUUAUUAAUUAAUAGUAUGCAAUUAGAAUUAUUUUAGGAAAGAAAUGAUACAAUUAAAAUUGUAAUUAGAAAAUUUUGUAAAUAGGCUUUCCUCUGAUUAACAAUGUCAAAUAUAACCUGAAAUAAAAGAAUAAGAAAUUAUAACUAAUUAAAUUGAAUUAAUUGAAAAGAAUACAUAAACAGAAUUAAUAGAGAGUAGUUUAUCUGGAUCUAUGUGGCUUAAUAAUGAUACAACUAAUUAUUCUAAGGAAGAUCUAUUUUAAUAAAUAAAGUAACAUAUAAAUCAUUAAUUUUUUAAGAAAAAAAAAUGAAGAUUUAGAUUUACUUUUAAAAAAUUAUGAAAAAGAAGUUUCUAACUUGAAAUAAUAAAAUAAAUUUUUAUAAAAAAAGAUUGAGUCAAAUUAGAAACCAAAUCCUUAACAAAGAUUAGGAAAAAGAGUUAGUUUAUUUGAACAAUCUUAGCCAAGGAAAUCAAAAUAAUUUCAGUAUAAGAAUUAUUGAGUAUUAGUUUAAAUUUAUGUGAAUCAUAAUAAAUAGAUGAUUAAUAAAGAGAAAAUUUAUUUAUGAAAGAAUUAAUAGAAAAAUUAAAAAAAGUUAAUUAAUAGCUUACAAAAUAGAAUGAUGAUCUUUUAAAUCAAUUAAAUGAAAUGAAGUAAUAAUAUGAAAAAAAUUAAAAUGAAUAUAAUCUAUUGGAAGAAUAGCUUCAAUCUUAAAUUUUAAUUAAUUAAACAAGACAUAAAACUAUUGACAAUAAUUUAACAAUAAUCUCUUAAAUUAAUAAUAAUAUUAUUUAAUUGAGUUAUAUAGAACUCUACUUAGUUGUAAAAUUCUAAAAGAAUUUUUAAUUCCCGUAUAUUGAAUUUAAUAAAAAGUAAGAAUUAUCUAUUAUUUUAGAUAAAUAAAGUUUUAUUCUCAAAGAAAAACCAGAAUAGAAAAACAAAUAUUUGAAACAUUUACUUUUGAUGAUAUCUUUUUAGAUAUUCAAAAAGUGAGAUAGUAUUUCUAAUUUUACGGCAAAAUAAGUUUAGAUUACAGUAGAAUGUAUCUGAUUGUAGGUUAAUCAAGUAUGUGUAUAUAAAUUUAAGUAGAAACUUAAAAGAAAUUCUUAUUAUUGAUGUUUUUAGAUUCAUAUUAUAAUUCAAUAAAAGAGUAGAAUUUUUAGUAAAAUAAAAAAAUUAGAAUAUAAAUUUAGUACUAAGAAAGAAUAGGAAAUAAUUGGUCAACUCUUGAUUAAUUAGGGAGUGAUUUAUAAAUAGAAAAUGAUAACCUAAAUUCAAGUUUAUAAUAAUUAGAUUUAUUAAUUCAAAACAUAAAGUUUUAUUUAUAUGGUAAAAACUAACAAGCAAAGAUUAUAGGCAAAGAGAAAAUUCGAUAAUUAACAAUAUAAUAUAGCAUCAUUUUUAAAGAGCAAACAUACACUAAAUAAUUAAUUAUUACAACAGUUCCAACAGUACCAAGAUGUUAGUUUCCAAAAUUUUUAAGAAAGAUCUGUACUCAUACAGUAAGUAUGUAAUUUAAAUAUUAUUGUAUAUUAACUGUUAAUCCAAUUUCAUCACAUUAUAAUUAAACAGUAGAUAUUAUUUAUUUGGCAAAAAUGGUUUAUGCAUAAAAUAGUUAAGAAGAACUUAAUAAAUAAAUGAAAAUUGAUGAGGAGAGUGUUAGACAAAUUAAAUAAGCAACAGGAUAGGUCAUAAUCAAAAAUUAAGAAAUUGAUACAUUAAAGCGAAAUAUGGAAUAUUUAAAAAAAUAGAAUAAUGAAGUAUUGCUUAAACAAGAAAGUAAAUAAUAGUUAUAUUAAUAAUUUUAAAUGCAAUUACAAAAUGUUAUUGUAGAUAUCAAAUUAAAAAUAAGCUAAUAAAAAAUUAGAAAUAUAAAAAUUCAAAAUCCUGAAGUUUAAUUUUAUGAAAAAUUGAUUUAGUAAUUAGAGAACCUUUCAAGGAAACUUUCUCCUAUUUAAUAAGUUUUAAACACUGAUAGAUCGAUAAGUCCUUCAAUAUAAAAUUAAUGA